CGCGGUUCGAGCGUCGAUCGCCGUACGCGUCCCAAGUGCGCUGCAUCCUCGAUUCGACUGUUUACAGAGUGGGCGCGAGCAAAGAGAGGUGUGGAAGCGCCCAAAGAGGCAGUGUCUUUGCCAAAAGGCACUGGCUUUUCCACCCGCUGGCUCGUCACGAGGCAGGUGGCACCGAGAUCAUUUUACAUUUUACAAAUUGAUGCCGACGAUCGACACGACCUUUGCUGCCGAGGCACCGGCGUGGCGCACGCGGCUCGUCGACAAGCUCCACAAUGUGAUUCAGAGUUCGCCCAGCAGCCGCGACGCCGACUUGCGCUUUGAGGGAUUCCGCCCGCUCGCACCCACGUCCGACGGCGUCCAGCGCUACAAGCGCAAGGCGCGGCAACACUAUUCGCGUUUUGACGAAGUCGUCGGCGUGAGCUCGUCGCCCGGGCACUUUAACUCUAUCGCGCGCCUCCUCUUCAACGUUGAAACCUCAACGUGGCAAGCGCAUCUGCGACACAUGCACGGCACGCGGUACGUCGACGGCGCCGUUCUCGCGGUGCUUGCCUCGCACACGGAUGCCCACAACGACUUUCAGUGGUUUGGCGUCAAGCGCCAGACGCUCCAGCUCGCGAUUGAUGGCGUGCUAUUCACUCGGCCCCGCGACGCUAUCUUUUACGAGUUUUGCGGCACGACCAAGGACCGAGAAGGCCAGCGUGUCUUUUUCAUUGUGCGCGAGUCGAUUGACGUGACGCACGACAUGCCCAAUGCGUCGGGCGUCCGGCUGCAGCUCAACGAGUGGGUUCUCAUCACCGAGCGCCACGACGGCGGCCUCGAGGCGGUCCAGUACUACCACGCCGACCCGGGGGGGCACACCCCCGCGUUCCUCUUCCAGCGCCAUGCGCUCAAGCAACUCUCUUUUGGCCCACGCGUGCGCGCCCUCGCAAGCAAGCUAGCUGUCGCGACAGACCAAGACAAUGCUCAACAACCAAGCCCCGCGGCAAAACCCAAGGCGCUCGACGCACGGCCCAGCGGCAUACGGGACAGCGCCGCGACGGAAGCGUCUUCGAUGGGCCGCGCGUCGGCGGCGAUGGUCGACGACAUGCGCCGCGUGCAAGAAGCCAUCUCGGAGCAGCGCAACUUGGUGCACAUGCUGCACAUGCGCAUGACGAUUCAGUCCAUGGCGAGUACGUUGCGAAGCAGUGAGCGUCUCUUGUACGAACAAGACACUCUGGACGAGCUCGACAUUAGUAUUUAAAUCGAAUGAACCCGUUGCGGUGCAGUGACGAAAGAUGUACCGCAAUUACAAGUUAACGUGCACGACGCCC